UUUAAUACUUUUACUGUGCUUGAACAAAAUGCCUAGAUGUUUCUUGUAUUCCGUGCGGUCACUUAGACACAGUUUCAUACAUGAAUCGUCUUCAUUUUCCUAUGAAAUUGAACCCAAACCAGCUCGAGGCCCGAAAAUGAAUCUGAAACGUCAAAAGAACCUGCUCAAAACCAACGAGACUCUCUUCAACGACAAAGUCCCCAUAUCCACGCGUUUCUACCUCCAGCUCUUAAAAAGAAGCCAAUUCCUCGAAAACUUUCUUAGCACAGAAACCUACGAAUACGCUUCUGAAAGCGAACGGCCUGUCAUCUCACCAGAACCAAAGAGAAGCAGUCAGAUUAAAAAAGAAGGAGACAAAUCGAGUUACAACCUGCGAUCGGAGGGUAAAACGGAACGUAAGGUGUUUUACAAGAAAACGCGCGGGAAAAGGCGAAAAAACAUGGCCGACAAAAUCAACAAAAUUGUUUCUGUGCAAGACAAAAAGAGUAAGAGAGAGCCGCUAGCUCCAAUAUUAGAAGAGAUAAGAAAUAGAGAGCCUUUGAAAGGUAAUAGUAAGGGAUCGGAGAUAGAUAAGAUAGCAGAGAAAUUGAAGAGCUUGUUCAAGCAGACUGCUGAAGAAAAUCUCAAUAAAGAACUUUUGACUUGCAAGGAGCUGUUUGAGAAAGAUACUAUUGAGGCUGACAGUGACCAUGGUAAAGAAAAUGAAGAGGAAAAGAAAUGGCGCGGGCCCCGUCCCAGCCACACCUGCUCGUAUUGUGGCAAGCGCUUCGACCGGCCCUGGGUGCUGAAGGGGCACCUCCGUCUACACACGGGCGAGCGACCCUUCCCGUGCCCUCAUGCGCAUUGUGGUCGGACCUUUGCUGACAGGUCGAACCUCAGAGCGCACCAGCGGACCCGGGGCCACCACGCGUGGCAAUGGCGCUGCGCCGAGUGCGGCAAGGCGUUCAGCCAGCGGCGCUACUUGGAGAGACACCAGGCUGACGCGUGCAGGAAGUACAAGUAG